AUGCGAGACCGUUUUGUACAAGUACGUGAGAAGAUGGAGGCAAAGCCCAAGAACUGUCUCAACCAGACGAGAUCUUGCAAUGGUGAGAUGGGUGAAAAUGGCUUCAUUUUAAGGGUGAGGAAACCAGACCCCAAAGAUGGAAAGGAGAAAUCCAAAUUUAAAGGCUUCAAGAGAUUUUUUGGGAAGAAGAAGAAAAAAGAGCCUGAAGAUGCCCAGGGAAAGAGGAACCUCAAACCAAACUUGUCCAGUGAUAGUACUAACAUCUCUUCCGUGAAGCCAGUUUGGGAAGGUCGACAAACCAAGCCUAGGGCCAAGAGCAGCAUGGGGAACAAAGUCCUGUCCCACGACAGCAUCUUCAUGUUGAAGUCUGAGUCUGAAAGAUCAGGAAGCAGAAUAUGCCCCUCUCCAGAGGUCCAGAGAGGCAGACAGCUUCAGAUCCCACCACGGGGCCCACGCCAACCCAGCAUCAGCUCACCUCUUAUUCAAUCUGACACAGUCUCUAAGGAGUUUGAAGAAAUCUCUGUUGCUGAUGAGUCACUGAAGAGCCCACGGAAGAAGGGUUUAUCACACACGAUCUUGACAUUGAAGAAGGCAAAACCAAAGCAGGCGAAGCCACGCCUUCCACUGGCUUCUGAAGAAGAGAAAAGCACAACCGAAGGGAAAGAAGCUGACCAAAAGAGGCCGAAAAAAGACAGUAUAGGUGCCUCAGGCUGGGAACAGAGAAACAAAACUGGGAUUUAUGAACAGAAGACAAGAGAUCCGGCUGCAAACAGAGAUGCCGCUGAGAGCCAGGGCUACCCAUUUCUAGCGGCAUACAGAAGACAGUGUGGAAGGAGAGGCUCAAGUACUUUGGAAAGAAGUGAGCAUGAAUCCAAAGGAAGAAGCUUUAAAGCAUCCAGUCUAGCACUUGACCUAGGUAAUGGAGCUUGGUUCCCACCUGCCGGUAAGACUGCCAGGGAUUUCCGUUCCUGGAACCUGCCCUUGGUGAAGCAAGUCAUGGAGCAGCCCCCGACGGCACGAACAGAAAGCGCUACUCCUCAGGAGCUGCUUUCAGAUAAAGAUGACAUGAGAAGGAGCAAUGCCGGUAUAGAUUUUGAACGCAGAAAAGCACCAGCAUCACAGCCCAUACCUGGAGACAUGGAAGAGUCCACGGUUAGUGGUCUGUCACCAUCCCGUGAGGAUGGGGCUUCUGGAGCCGAGAAGACAGAAGCCAGAGCCGCUCUUUUACCCGUGGUGGGAAGCCCUUCUACAACCCGAGAUAUUUUCUCAGCGUUUACGGAUCCUUCUGAUAGCCAGUCAGAAGAGGAAGAAGCGUCCAUCUUUGAUUUGAAAAGUGUCCAAUUUAAAAUGAAGUCAGCUCAAGAUACCUACAAAGAAAAGUCUCCUGGAAACGUUCUCCAGGCCUUUACCGCAAGCACUUCAGAUAGCUUGCUGAGAGCUUCGGUAGAGGGAGGUAUUUCUGCAGAGAGGCUGCCUCCCAGAAGCCUUUCCCUGUCCUCGGGGGAGCUGAAAGCUGAAGCCAUUGCCUCAGAGGGUACUUUAGAGGCUGACAGUGGUUCUGAGCAGCAGCUGGCUCUUGGAUAUCUUUUCCAGCCCUCCAAGAAGCACAGAAAUGAACAAGAAGACUUCCCAGAAUCAGAAAGUUCAGCUGCGGGAGUGAGCGGUCCUGAGCAGCAGCAGGUUCCUAGGCGGUGGGCUCCUAGAUAUUCUUCCCGUGCCUCGGGGAAGCCAGAAGUGGAAGCCGUCUUUUCGUGUUACGAGAGUGCUUCCAAAGAGGGGAGUGGCUUUGGGCAGCAGCGGGCUCCCAGGCACUCUCUCCAGCCUUUGAGGAAGUCCAAAGAUGGCCAAGAAGUCUUUGCAGAAUCCAGUUUUGCUGUGCAAAUGGCCGGUUCUGAUGAGCAGCUGGCUCCCAGAUGCGCUUCCCAGACUUUGGGGAGGCCCAAAGACCAAAAAGAAGUCUCCUGGGCUUCAAAGAACGUACCUGGAGUGUGGGGUGCUUCUGCGCAGCAGAUGCCUCCCAGGCGCCCUUUCCAGUCCUGGGUGGGCCCUACAUCCGAGCAACAAGCCUCUGCAGGUCCAGAGAGCGCUGCUGUGGAGUGGGGCUUUUCCACGGAGGCGCGGCCUCCCAGAGUGACUUCUCAGGCCCAGAGGAGACCAGUAGUGAAACAACCAAUCUCUGCAGGUCCAGAGAGUGUCGACACUGAAGGGGAUGCUUCUACCAAGCUGCUGCCUUCCAAACAUUCCCAGGCCACUGUGAGACCUAAACUCCAGCAAAUGUCAAGUUAUGAGGGUGCUGCUGUUGAGGUGGGCAUUUCUGGGGGGUCACUGCCUCCCAAAUAUCCUGCCCAGCGGGUUAACAAGUUUAAAGUUGAGGAAAUGUCCUCACGUCUAGAGAGCAUGGCAGUUGAAGAAGGCAUAUCUAAGGAAUCGGUGCUUCCCAAUCAUCUUUUCCAGUUGUUCAUGAAGUUUAUGGUACAGCAUAUCUUUUCAGAGAUCCCUUCUACUGAGGGGGGAAUCCAUGUGGAUCCUCUGUUUUCAAAUCAACCUUCCAAACCCUUGUCGAGGCCUGAAGUCGAGCACCAAGUUUUCUCAGGCUACGAGGGGACCGAUGUUGAGGGAGGCAUUUUUUUGAAGCAGCUGCCUGGGAAAAGCCCUUUACCGUGCUUGGGGAGGCCCGAAGGCCUGCAGGAAGUCUUCUCACGUUCAGAGAGCACUCCUGUAAAGUGCAGUAGUUCUAAAGAGCAGCCGCCUUGCAGACACCCUGGCCAAGCCGAAGAUGAGGCUGAAUUUCAGCCACAGACGUUCGCAACAGGCCCAGUGAGUGCAACUGUGGAGUGGAGAGGCUCGGAGGAGCACCUGCCUCCCAGACACCCUUUUCAGGCUCCUGCAGCCCCUGAACACCAGCAACAGGUUUAUUCAAGUCCCAUGAGAGCUGCUGCUGAGGGAAGCAUGUUGGAGAGCGAUCCUAGCUGCUGGUCCCUACCGAGAGACCCAGCUUCUGCAAACAAAACCAAGAAACACAGCCAAGACUCUGAAGACCUCACUAAGAACGUCCCGAUUCCUGCUACCAAAACUGUGACGUUCACCGAUGCUCCUGUCUGGCAAACAUCCACUUCUUGGGGCACCUACUCUAAGGAGGAAGUUCUUGAGAGUGGUGAUCAAGGUAACAGACAUUCAAAUUUAUCCACCAAUCGGGCUGUUGUUGAAAACAUUUUUGGAGUCCAACUGAGAAAAACCUCUUCCUCAUAGAAGUAUAAGGGUGAGAAAAGAGAUUUUACCAAGCUUCCUUCUGUUUCCCAAAGGGGAGAAGCUCCUGGUCGACAGUCAGAUCAUGCCACCUCAGAGCCAGCUUGGAUAACCAUGAUAAACCAGAGGCAGGGGAGUCUCCAGGCCAACAUUCCUGUGAAAGAGCCAGAAACCAAGAAUAGAGCUGGAGCCGAGGCUGAGACUAAGGAACCUAGAUAUGGGAGAACUGGCCUUGCAGAUGAAAACCAACCGAGGAGUGUUUUCACUUCUGAUGUUAACAGACAGGAGAAGAUGGCACUGAAGCCACCGAAGUCUACCAGAGCAGUAGGAUUCGAAGAUGAGAAGAUAUUUCAAGUACCUUCUACGGAAGAAGAAACCAGAAGGUUUUCAACUCUCCCAGCCGUGCUACAACAGCCGGCUGAGCCGGAUGAGCCAGCUGAGCCGGAUGAGCCAGUCUGGUUCUCCCUGGCCAAGAAGAAAGCCAAAGCAUGGAGCCGUGUAGAAGAAGCCACGCAAUAA